AUGCAUGCUGAUCAAGCAACUGAUCCUUCUCUCAAUCCUAAUUCCGCAUAUUUUCUUAGCAACAAUGAUGUUAAUGUUUCAAAAUUAGUAAGCAUAGUCUUUGAUGGAAAGUGUUUCAAUGACUGGAAACGCUCCAUGGUUAUUGCAUUAUCAGCUAGAAAUAAGCUUUGCUUCGUUGAUGGAUCAUUAAUGAUUUCUUGGAUUCUGGCAUCUCUCGAGCCUUCAAUUGCAAGAAGUGUUUUGUAUUUGAAAACAGCAAGGGAAAUAUGGCUUGAUUUGGAAGACAGGUUAUGUCAAUCUUCUGGAUCUCAGUUGUUUUCCAUCCAAUUAAAGUUAUAUAAUCUUAAUCAAGAUGAUGAUGAGGAGAUAUCAAGUUUCUUUACUAAAAUCAAGCUGAUGUGGGAUCAACUUGAUGGCCUAGAUCCCUUGACUUCUUGUUCUUGCACUAGCUGUUGCUGCACACUUAUUCAGAAACUACUUAAGUCUCAGCAGAAUCAAAGGUUGAUUCAGUUCUUGAUGAAACUCAAUUCGAAAUAUGAGCAUCCUAAGAGCAUAAUUCUCAUGAUGAAUCCUCUACCAACUAUUUCGAAAGCAUAUGGUCUGUUGCUUCAACAUGAUCAACAAAGAGAGGUGCAGAAUAAUAGAGGCCAUAUGAAUUCAGAGUCAAUUGUGUUCACUGCCAUGAAAUUUAUUGACAACAAGUACAGUUCCAGUUCUAACAGUCAAAACACAUAUUCUGGAGGACAAUCAAGGAACAAUACUAGAAACAACUUGUUUUGUGAGCACUGUAGGAUGAAAAACCAUACAUUUGAUAAGUGUUGGAAGCUGCAUAGGUAUCCCAAGGAUUUUAAAGGUAAAGGUAAAAGAGUUGCAGCAGCUGUUCAAAUGGAAGAAACCUAUGCUAUUGAGAAAUCAGCACAAGAAGAAACUAGUCUUGUUCAUGCCACAUUCACUGAGGAGCAAUACAAUCAAUUGAUGAAGCAUCUCAAUACUUAUCAGGACCAUUCCAAGAAAAGGCAUACUGUGCUUGCUAAGUUGAACAAAGGUCUUUACAGUUUGAAUGAGAACCUCAUGGGAUCUGUCUGCAAGUCUACCUCAAAUAAUUUUGCAUUGUCAAGUGCUUGCUUCACUUCUAUUGAAGAAGCUAAACUGUGGCUUCUUAGACUAGGACAUGUUUCUUUUGGAAAAAUAAAGAACAUCAAAGGGAUUGAUGUUAAGGGAUGUUUAGCAGAGUGUUUCUGUCAGAUUUUCCCUCUUGCUAAGCAAUCUAAAUUUCCAUUUUCAUUUCUCACCGUUGUAGAUGACUACACAAGAAUGACAUGGACACAUUUAAUGAAAAGCAAAACUGAUUCUGUACAGAUUAUGACUCAAUUUUUGUCCUAUGUUGAAAAUCAGUUUGGAACUUCUAUCAAAACCAUUAGGUCAAAUAACGCUCCUGAUCUGACAGAAGGAGAAAUGAAACAAUUACUACUUAGAAAAUGUGUUUUACAUCAAAAGAGUUGUAGUCAUACACCACAACAAAAUGAUGUUGUGGAGAGAAAACACAAACACCUACUAGAAACUGCCAGGGCUUUGUAG